AUGUCACUGUAUGACCACUAUAGGCACUAUAGUGGUGCCAUCUCUCUGUAUGACCACUAUAGGCACCAUAGUGGUACAAUCUCUUCAUACGAUUGCUAUAGGCACUGUAGUGAUACCGUGACUCUGUAUGACCACUAUAGGCACUAUCGACGUACCAUCUCUCUAUACGACCACUAUAGGCACCAUAGUGGUACCAUGUCUUUAUACGACCACUAUAGGCACUAUAGCGGUAUCAUGUCUCUAUAUGAUCACUAUAGGCAUCAUAAUGGUACCAUGUCUCUGCACUAUAGUGGUGCCAUCUCUCUUUAUGACCACUAUAGGCACCAUAGUGGUACAAUCUCUUCAUACGAUUGCUAUAGGCACUGUAGUGAUACCGUGACUCUGUAUGACCACUAUAGGCACUAUAGCGGUACCAUGUCUCUAUAUGAUCACUAUAGGCAUUAUAGUGGUAUCAUGACGCUGUAG